UCUCUCUGUGUGAAAAGGAAAGAGGUUUCCUGGAGAAAAAAGUUUCGGUUUUUUCUUUGUUUGGUUGAAGGUUGAAGGUUGAAGAAGAUGGCCAUACAAGCUCAGUUGUAUUCGGAUAAUAUCGGGUUUCCGUUGUGCUGUUCCCUUGAUGGUAAUGGUAACGGUGGGUUUAAUCAAUUCUGUUUCGGCAAUCAACAACUACAACAACAACAACAGCAACAGCAGCAGCUUCAAAUCCAGCAGCCUGGAAAUCAAAGUUUUUGUUUUGAAGAAAGUGAUGAAUCGAUUGAUCAGUUCAUCAAUUCCCAGAAUGAGAGAUUGAGAUUCUUACUGCAAGAGCAAAGAAAGCGGCAAGUUUCGUUAAUGGCGGAAAAGCUAGAAUCGAAGGCAACUCUUUUAUUCAACCACAAAGAAGCAGAGCUCGCGAAAGCAGCGAACAGGACAAUGGAGCUUCAAAAUCUCUUGAACAGACUGGAGAUGGAGAAUCAAGCAUUGCGAAGAGUGGCGCAAGAGAACGAAGCGAUCGUCGUUUCUUUGAAAAACACGCUCGAACAAUUACAACAAGACCAAGCCGGGUGUUGUUUCAACGAUGAUGCGGAGUCUUGCUGUGGAGAAACAGAGGAAGAGAACGACAACGGAGGAUUUGUCGAAACGAAGAAGAAGACAUUAAUGGUGUGCAAAUGUUGCGAUUCUCGAAGCUCGUGUGUUUUGUUCCUUCCUUGCAGACAUCUUUGUUCAUGCCAAGAUUGUGCAGCUUUUCUUGAUUGUUGCCCUCUUUGUACUACAGCAAAGAAAGCCACUAUAGAGGUUUUGAUUUCUUAAUUUCAUGGUUUAUGCAUA